AACGGGAGGCCGAGCCUUCUCCCUGCCGCUCACACCCCCUCCUCCGCUCUUUCCACCGCCUGCCGAGCGCUCCUGCCCUGCGCUUCCUCCCGGCUCAUCUCACUUCCUGAAACACCCCUGAAGAGCACUGCUUAUCUCGAUGGCGCUUCGUUAGCCCUCGGGCCGGGGAAGGCGGAGUCCUCGGGCGCAUCUGCCUGGGGAACUAAGUGCCACAGCUCUUUCAGAUUCAGCCCACGUAGGACUGUCCUCCGGGCUCGCGGGAAGCUGGGAUGUGUGGCCGGCCGAGGGGACCAGAACUGAUUGCCCUGUGAUGGGCUCUCCCUAAGGACAGGGGCCGUCGGGGAGAACGCUCCAUUGGCCUCGAGAAGGAAUGGGUGAGCUGUGAGUCUGAGACCGCCACCGCUGCGCCCGGACCUCCAGCAAGAGCGGGCGCUCCCUGGCCCACACGGAUCCUGUUUGCGUGCCUGUCGCCUUGGGGGGGCUCCUCGGGGAAACCAAGAUGGCUGUCAACAGCACCGACCCGUUGGUCAAGAUUUCCUACAUCACCGCAGAGGCUGUCAUCGGGCUCUGCGCCAUAGUGGGCAACAUGCUGGUCAUCUGGGUGGUCAAGCUGAACCCCAGCCUGCAUACCACCACCUUCUACUUCAUCGUCUCUCUAGCCCUGGCCGACAUCGCUGUUGGGGUGCUGGUCAUGCCUUUGGCCAUUGUUAUCAGCCUGGGCAUCACCAUCGACUUCUAUAGCUGCCUUUUCAUGACCUGCCUGUUGCUGGUCUUCACGCACGCCUCCAUCCUGUUCUUGUUGGCCAUCGCCGUGGACCGAUACCUGCGGGUCAAGCUCACGGUCAGACCCAGGAUUCCUGAGACCCCUGGAUACAACUCACCCCUCCAGUGGAAGGCUUGUUUCCACCCGGUCAUGGGGUUCUUCCUUCUACUCUCUGUGACCGUCUUUUCAGAGGCCAUGGUCAUGGACAACAGGGUCAAGGAGAGCUUCGUGCUGGACACGGCGUCUGCCGUCUGCAGCUAUGACGCCCACUACAAGGACCACCCCAAGUACUGGUGCCGGGGCUACUUCCGAGACUACUGCGACGUCAUCGCCUUCACACCCAACAGCACGGGCCGCGUGGCCCUGACGGACACGGGGAGCCAGCUCAUCGUCACCGUGUCCUGCCUGACCAGGGAGGACGCGGGCUGGUACUGGUGUGGCAUCCAGCGGGACUUUGCGCGGGACGACAUGGACUUCACCGAGCUGCUUGUGAGUGACAGCGGAGGAGUCCGCGCCAGUGACUUCUGGCCCGUGAAGGGCCCGGCAGGGAACAGGAGCAGAAGCUGCAGGCCUUCCAGAGUGGUGCACAAGGCCGAUCACUCCAGGAUGUCCAUCCUCGUCUUCUGCGUGCUGGUCACAGCGGUGGGGAUCAUCUCCAUCAUCAGCCACCUGUUCCAGCGGAGGAGGUGUCAGAGAGCCAGGAGAGUAAACGACUCUUUGAAGCCCCUCCCGCGUGUCCUGACCCCAAAGGAAGUGGCUCAAAUUGGACAGAUGCGACUGAAGAUUUCUUUUAUUUAGUUUCUAAGCAAAGUGAGGCUCCAGCAGAAUCACCGUGACGACUGGCCCACCGCUGCAGCUAGGUAAGAGCAGCGGUGGCCAGAGCGGCUACGCCAGGCCACGCCCGCGCAAGGCCAGUCGGAGGACACAGGAGGAGGGGCAGUCUCGGUGUGGGGGCCCUGGAGACCACUUGCAUUGCAUUUGUGAGCCAAUAAAUUUCUAAGCGGUGUUGAACGAGCUCCAAAGUAUGACUAACUUCUCCCGGGA